AUGGCUGACGAAACGUCAUAUACUCUCCCAGGAACCAUUGGUUAUUCUAAAACGAAGUACAUAUACCAAUCUACGCCACAUCGUAUCAACAGAUAUGUGAUUUUAAUUGCCUAUUUAUUGUGUUUAACAUGCGGUUGCACUUACUAUUCAUGGGUCAGUCUCACUGAUUAUCUUAUACUUGGAGGAAAAUUUGAAUGGGUUUGCACCGAAGAUGAGAUUAAAACUAACAGUGAAUCAAGUGUUAAGUGCAGAGAUCAAAUGAUAUCUAUCCAUGAGGGGAUUUCUUUGAUUAAGGGAGUGGAUUUCUCAGUAACAUUUUUUGCAUCUCUUGCUUCAGACAAAUGGAGGCCCAAUGUUAUGAUGAUAUUUGGCGUAUUUCUUGUAAUCAUUGGAUGGCUGAUCAUUUCGUUUGCUAAUAGUUCUAUAUAUAUGUAUCUCUCAUUCGUAAUUAUAGGGAUUGCCAGUGCCAUGUUGUAUUUCCCUGUGCUAAACAUUUUCAAUUUAUUCUCAGAUUAUGGUUCUUCUGUCAUAAGCGCUAUAAUUGCUAUUGGUGAAUCGAUAUCUCAUGCUUCAAUAUUUAUCAUGAAGACUGUUGUAUUAUAUAUGCAUAGUGGCAAGAGUGGGUUUUCGACUGUCACCAAUUGUUAUGUUGGUUCCUUUUUGGUAAUAUGUUUAUUUGGCGCAGUAAUCUGCAUGCCUGGAGCGCCCUUUAAAGAUCAGCUGGAGCUUGGGGAGGACAUCGGUGGUGGAAAUAAUGAAGCGAGUACAAAUUCUGAAACUCUUUCCCACUUUCAGAAGUAUAUGAAACAAGAUACUACUAAACUAGAUUUAUUGCCAUCGCUCUUAGGAGCCAAACUGCAUUUGUCUGCUAUAUCUUUAACAUUGACAUCGCUAUAUUCGACAUAUUUUUAUGCAUAUUUCUACGAAAAAUAUAAUAAAAUGGAAGGAGUGUUGAAUUUUUACAGUAUUUUGGCAUUGGCAUUCCCCUUUAUUGGCAUACCUAUUGGUAUUUUUCACGACAAGGGAUAUUCACAUUGGAUUUUGAUUAUUCAGCAAAUGCUCGCUUUUAUCGCUUGCUUACUACUAAAAUUCCUUCCUAAUUCAACAUUAUUGGGCUACGUUUCUUCUUUGUGCGUACUUCCAUUUACAUCUAUGCAAGAGACUGGGUUGAUAUUAUAUGUUGAAAACAAUUAUAGGGCAAAGUACUUAUCAACCCUUGUCUCGUCAAUGUACACAUGUGGUGGAAUACUUGAAUUGCUAUCUUUAUUACUCGGGUCAUUUAUGUGCUCUGAAGAGGCUAGUUUUAAUAUCAUCUUUAUUAUCAUUGUCUUCAAUACUAUUAUUCUUUGUGGAUUGGCGUAUCUUUACAAAGGUAACAGAUGUACAGACGAAAGUGACUCUUUAAGUGUCCAAGGCGCAUGA